AUGCUUGCUUAAACUGAUGAUAUAAGCUAAUUUGAACUUAAGUUUAUCGACUCAUCCAAUGGAAAUAAUAUCAAAUCCUACAAUUUUUGUAAUGUGAGGGAUUAAUAAGAUAUUAUUAUGAAUCUGUAAGGACUUAUCAAAUUAAAAGCAAUCACAGAGUCCACUAACUAAGUGAAAUGCUUGCAAAUUGAUAAGGAGUUAGUUAAGCGACUAAUUUCUGAAGAUUUUAAUAUCAGGAAAAGAGCUAGAUAGCGAAGUAUUAACGCAAUUAGAUCAUCUAAUAGAUUAGAACUCUCUUCUAGAAUAAGCAAUGGUAAUCCUCUUUCAAAUUAAGCAAAGAAUAAGUGUUUUUCCACAGAAAUAAACCCAUAAAAUCAAUUUCAAACUUCUGAUGAAGACUUAAAAGCAUAGUUUGAGUUGAAAUAUAAAAGAGUGUUAUAGGAUUAUAUUAGACUUGAGACAUUGAUUUUGCCGAUCAAUGUAACCUAGAUAUUUGAUAUAAUUUUUUCUGAUAAUGCGACUUACUCGUUUAAAUCACAUUUUGAAGCAAUUAAAAGUAAGGAUGUCACAAUAGAUCCCAAUUGGGAUACUAAGAAUGAUACUUCAACCAGUAAAAUGAAAUUACCAAGUAAGAUGAUAAAAUAAAUAAUUCCUGUCUCAGGAGUACCUUUCUUAUCAGAAACAAGGCAUGAAAAAUUACUCAGACUAGUCACUAAGUGCGAAAAUGAAUUUAUUAUAGAUAUUGAAAAUAGAUCUUUAGAUGUUCCUUUUUCAGAUUGUUUCAUAGUCCACGAAAGAUGGAUAGCAUUCCAAGAUCAAACCUAAACCGAUAGGUCUACGUUAGCAAUUACUUUGAAAUUAGAAUUUUUAAAAAGUACUAUGUUCAAAGGCAAGAUUACAGCAAGGACUGAGGAGGGAGUAAAGUAAAGCUAUAAAUAAUGGGUUGAUUUAUGCUAAAGAGGAGGGUAUUUUGAUAAGCAAGUAAUUCCUCAAAAUUAGUAACAAAGCGAGAUCAGAAGCAAAUUGAAAAUAAUGAAAAAUCAUGGUAGAAGCAAGUCAAUGCAGAUUUCAAUUAGAAAAGAAUAAAUUCAGUAAACUAAAAAUUUUACUUAAAAAGAGUCAUUAAAUAUUAAUGAGAUAGAAAAGAUUUAAAGUAAUUCACCAAAUGAGUAAAAUGAUACUGACAGUCCUAAUUAAAUUAAGCAACUAGAAGAUUAUCAUACCUCUACUGAGACAUAUAGCUGUAAUAAGUCCUAGAAUACUUUUAGUCCACUCGAUACAGCUAGAUUACUUUCAAGAAACUAUGCUCUUAACAUGGUUGCCUUUGAUCACUAUAGGUUUUUUAUGCCUUUAGCAAAUAGAUAAUGA